UCCGAACAGGGUAACAUCGAAGCUGCCAGGCCCCCCUACGGCGAGACAUUCUUCCAUCGCCCAACUGGCCGCUUCUCCGAUGGCCGACUUAUUAUCGAUUUCAUCGCGAGCGGGAUGGGAUUUCCUUUUAUCCGGCCCUUCCUUGAGGGGCCUGGCAAUGGACGGUUCCGGCGAGGGGUGAACUUCGCCGUCGCUGGGGCUACUGCGCUUGACGUAAGCUUCUUCAGGGAGAGGGGCAUGUACGUCACAUGGACCAAUCUUUCUCUGCAUGUUCAGUUAGGAUGGUUUAAGGAAUUGCUUCCUUCUCUCUGCUCUACUGAUUCAGGUCCGUCACUCCUGUCUGGCUGCAACCAGGAUUUUAAUUGGAUUUAGCGGAGCACCGGAUAAAAAUUUGCCACUUCUUGUGUUUGAUGGAUUUACGUUAGA